CAGCAUCUUAUGCUUCAGUUUUAAUUUGACUAUCGAAAGGUGAAUAUGGGCCGAUUGGAUCUGCUGUGUUUACUAGCGAUCGUGUUGUUGGUGCAUUCGUGCCAUGGACAGGACAUCUUGGGAUCAUACUUCAGGUGUCGCAAUGAGUUCGAAAUCGAACCGAGCGUGUUUGAAUCGUUGCGUGCAGGGAACUUCUCCGUGAGGAACUCUCUCGUGGAGUGCUUUGGCGAGUGUUUUGUGAAGCGAGCCGGAUUUAUGAACGACAACUUCACUUUCAACCGGGACACGAUCAUGCGCUUCACGAAUCGCUUCGUCUCGAAGGAGAUCUCCGAGAAGGUGUACAGCAUCUGCACCGAUAACGUGACACCGACGUACUGCGUCACUGCGUUCGACGUGUACCAAUGCAUCUACGAGAAUGUGUACAAGAGCUGGGACAGCCGAAAAUAGGCUGUGGAUGAGUGGUGCGUGUGUGUGUGUGGUGCAAAAAUGAUGAUCUGA